AUGCCCUCUGAUUACGGCGGCUUUGAUGCCGGGGUGACUUUCUACUCAGACUCCAAGACCCAAAAGCAUACGCCCUUGUAUGAACCUAUUGCCUCGAACUUCAACUCAUCAUUCAAUCCUCAUGUCUCGUACCAUUACAACCCAGAGGUUCCACAGUAUCAUUAUGGAGUGAGACAUCCAAUGAAGCCCUUUAGAUUGAUGCUUACGGACCAUCUGGUAGUGGCAUAUAAGCUUCACGAACGAAUGGAUCUCUACAAGACCAGAAGGGCUACAAAAGAAGAGCUUUUGGAGUUCCAUGCGGAGGAUUACGUGAAUUUCCUGCAGACUGUUACGCCGGACAAUGCUGCAAAAUAUACAAACUUGCUCAAAAAGUUCAAUAUUGGAGACGACUGUCCCGUUUUUGAUGGAAUGUACGACUAUUCCACCAUCUACGCAGGUGCCUCUUUGGAUGCCUCCAGGAAACUCAUAGCAGGUACGAGUGAUAUUGCCAUUAAUUGGUCGGGAGGGCUGCACCAUGCGAAGAAAUACGAACCAAGUGGUUUUUGUUACGUGAACGAUAUUGUUCUGUCGAUUCUGAACCUUUUGCGAGUCCAUCCGAGGGUGCUAUACAUAGACAUAGACAUUCACCACGGGGAUGGAGUACAGGAUGCCUUCUAUCUAACGGACCGUGUGAUGACUGUGAGUUUCCACAAAUACAAUGGUGAAUUCUUCCCGGGAACAGGGAACUAUGACGAGACUGGUGUGGGCAAGGGCAAGCAUUUCGCGCUGAAUGUGCCCUUGAGAGACGGUAUAGACGACGAGUCUUACAUCCGCCUAUUCAAGUCGGUGAUGGAGCCGCUGAUAAAUUCGUUUCAGCCGACGUGUAUUGUCCAGCAAUGUGGAGCAGAUUCGCUGGGAGGAGAUAGACUGGGAGUUUUCAAUCUGAACAUCAAGGCCCACGGUGAAUGCGUGAAGUUCAUCAAGACGUUUGGAAUUCCGUUGUUGGUACUGGGAGGAGGCGGAUAUACACCCAGAAAUGUGAGUAGACUAUGGUGCUAUGAGACAAGUGUCAUGACGGAUGUGAAGCUCCAAUCAAGACUGCCUGACCAGCUGCCAUUCAGGUCCUUUUUCCAGCCGGACUAUUCGCUGCAUCCCAACCUGGGUGAUAGAAUCGAUAACAAGAACACGAAGAAGUACCUCGAAAACCUGAGGAUACAGUUGCUGGAAAGCAUUAGGUAUCUUGGUGGAGCUCCUAGUGUGAGUAUGAGUGAAAUUCCCCCGGACAUCCAAGGUCUUUCUGUCGAGGAAGAGGAGCAGGUUCUUGAAAGACUAUCCAAACAGAGCGAUUUUGAAGAGAUGAUGGAAGGAAGGAGAUUUUGGGCCGAGGAGAAGGACAAUGCCAGGACGAAAGAGCUUGUAGACUAG